AUGACGAACUCACUCCCCAAUGUCCCAGGUCGACUCACCGAAUUAAAGAAGCAACUCCUCGACUCGGUCUUGAAAACACCAUAUUCUACUCAAGAAACGUCAAGAGUCUCAACAAGAUCAGCGCUCGAAUCUCUUCUUUCACCAGAUUCAUAUAUGGAUAGAUUCGUCUUAGCUUGCGCAUUGCUAUCAUCUUCUCGCUCCUCCACUCACGAGCUUCUCACAUGGAUACCGGACCACCUUUCGACCGCCGCAGAAACUGCCUUUUCCGACCUCACGAAAGCUUGCGACGCCGUCGCUUGGUUUGGCGAGAAGCAAAAAUUGGUAGUCCAAUUAUUUCCAGUAAUCGUUCCGGUUUUGAAUGACACUAUUAAAAAGAGCUCGAUUGACAAGAGUGAUGAAACUGAUGAAUUUUCCGCCGCUUCGACUAGGGCCAUUUUGGCUGCUAAUCAAUUUAGAUGGUUUGUUUGUCAGAUUGAGUAUCCGGAUUUGGAUAAAAUGAUGAAUUUUGUUAUUCAUUGUGCUUUAACAUGUCUUGAUCACUGGUCUCCGGAGGUGAAAGGGCAGGGGAUGAUUAGCUUCAUACAUGCAGCGAAAAAUGUGAAUGCAGGGGCGUUUGAUUUGUAUGGAGACAUGAUUCUUGGUGCCUGCUGCCAAAACAUUGCUUCGACUGAUGCUAUAUGGCAGUACGUCGUAGAGAUGUCGGUGUUACUUGUUACUUGCAUUCACAGAGAUAAUCCCCGUAGUCUGUGGUUUCAGAAGAUCCUGACCGAGAUGCUGAUCCAUUUGGAGCGACAACCCUGGAAUAGAGAGCGACGAAUUGUGUGGCUUACGUUGAUUGAUCCAAUCUUUAAUUCUAUGCGCCUUUUGUUAGUAGCCUAUAGUGAGCUUAUUUUCCCACUACUCUUCCAGUGGUUGCAUGUUGAUGAUGAUGAAACAGUUCUACUGGCUCUCAAACGACUUCAUACGAUUGUCCGGCUAACAUGGCUAGUGAAGUCACCAUACCUUGAAAAAUUGGUAAAGGAACUUGCUGUAUCAUACAAAAAAACAACACUGAGAAAGGCACGUGAAGAAAUCCGAACCAGUAUUCUUAAUCUACUGAUCAUGCUUCAGCAAUACAAAGGUAUACAGUUUGAUAGAGCCUGGAUCAAGCACAGGGAUGAUCCUUACUUGACCACCCUUGAUCAUAAUCUAUCGGUGAGCAGAGAUUAUUACCUCAUGAGCAACCGUCCAGAGUUUUUUCAGCCGUUGAGAAUUGACGGUAUCAAGACUAAAGAGGGAAGUAAACUAAAGGCAGAGGAGACAGAAUCGAAGCCGGGGAAAAUGAAAAUAGAUGAUUAA